AUGGUGACUCAGUCGCAAAUCGAUUCAGCAGAAUCGCUAAAGGACGCUGGCAAUGACGCUGUGAAACGCGGCGAUUGGGCAGAAGCCGGUGAUUACUAUACAGAGGCUUUACAACUGACAAGCGAGGAAGACAAAGCUUUGAGGUCUGCGCUUUAUCGAAAUCGGGCUCUGACGCGACUAAAACGAGAUGAUUUCGAAGGGACAGAAAGCGAUGCUACUAAAGCUUUGGAAUAUGACGGUGCAGAUGUGAAAGCCCUAUAUCGACGAGCGCUUGCUCGAGAACAUCUUGACAAUGUUGCUGCAGCCUUUAAAGAUGCAAAAGAAGCGCUCAGACUUAGUCCUAAAGACAAGUCAAUUGCUGACUUACUGCAAAGGCUUGUUGUGGCCAAUAAUGAAAAAGUAAAGAAGGCAACCAGCAUGGACAAUAAAGUCAAAGAUAUGACCGGUUUGGCGUUUGAAGGUGGAGCUAAAGAUUUGGAGCAGAAAAAACAGGUAAUAUAUCUAAGAUCUCAUUUUAUUCUACAUCUUUGUACCCGCUCUUACUAA